GGUGCAUUGAAUAAGCAAGUAAUUUGUUUGGACAGGUGUGGGGUACGCGGCGGCGGUGAUGGCAUUUUGGUUGAACGUGUACUACAUUGUGGUGCUUUCGUGGGCGAUGUACUACUUGUAUCACUCGCUGUCAUAUGACGUCCCGUGGAGGGGCUGUUCCAACCCCUGGAACUCUCCAAAGUGUAAAUCGGAGUACGACUUGGCGAGCACUGAACGCGAGUGCUUUAUUAAGUACGGGCCGACCACUGCUUUCUGCAAAACCAACUCUUCCCACUUCACGAGUCCUGUCAAAGAAUACUGGGAGAAGAAUGUUCUUCAGCAGACCUCAGGCAUGGGUGAAAUCGGAGGCUUGCGAUGGCCGCUGGCCUUAACACUACUCAUAGCGUGGAUCGCCUGUUAUUUCGCCAUUUGGAAAGGGGUUAAAUGGACCGGAAAGAUCGUGUAUUUCACUGCUGUCUUCCCAUACGUAUGUUUGGUUAUACUGUUGUUUAGGGGAAUAACACUUCCCGGCGCUUGGGAUGGCAUUAUGUAUUACUUGACACCAAAACUCGACCGUUUAGGAGAUUCGCAAGUAUGGAGCGAUGCGGCCACACAAAUCUUUUUUUCAUACGGCCUCGGAUUAGGCGCAUGGAUCGCAUUAGGCAGCUAUAAUAAAUAUAAUAACAAUGUUCACAGGGAUUCGCUGAUCAUAUCGUGUAUAAACAGCGGAACGUCAAUAUUUGCCGGUUUUGUUGUGUUCAGUAUUAUUGGAUUCAUGGCUCGACAGCAGAAUAAGUCCGUAGAACAGGUGGCCGUUUCUGGUUCCGGUUUGGCAUUUCUGGCGUACCCCUCGGCCACACUUCAGCUCCCAAUCUCUCCUCUUUGGGCCGUCUUAUUCUUCCUGAUGAUCAUUAUGUUAGGUCUGGACAGUCAAUUCUGCACAAUGGAGGGCUUCUUCACUGCAGUGAUCGAUGAGUUUCCGCGUCUUCUUCGGCCCCAUAAGGAACUCUUCAUUUUAUUCGUUUGUAUCAUCUCUUACUUAAUUGGACUUAUAUUCGUUGUCGACGGAGGGAUGUAUUGGUUCCAGUUAUUUGAUUCAUACGCCUCGUCUGGCUUUGCGCUCCUGUAUCUCGUUUUUUUCGAAGUGGUGGCCAUUUCCUGGUCUUAUGGAGUAAAUCGAUAUUAUGCUAAUCUGGAGGAUAUGCUCGGGGGAACUUUGUGUAUUUGGUGGAAAUGUUGUUGGUUUGUCUUCACUCCCACCCUAUGCUUUGGAGUGUUUAUAUUCAGUUUGGUUCAGUACAAGCCUCUGAAAUACAUGGAUUACGAGUAUCCCUGGUGGGGACAAAUGAUCGGCUGGUUCUUAGCGCUAUCAUCCAUGCUUUGCAUCCCUGUUUACGCCAUUUAUAUCUAUUUCAAUACACCCGGAGAUUUCUCUGAAAGAAUGAAGGUAUUGUUGAGACCAGAUAUGACCCAAAUUGAAGCCGAAAUAAGGCAGAGAGCGCUCAAGGAAUCGGGUCUGACAACAGUCACUCCAGUCUAACGAUAGCUAACAUAUAAAUCAUUUUUUUGGUAUAUUAUAUGUUAAAUAUUUAUUCUGAGAGAAACAGUACUUUCGUACCGAUGCGUGAAAGUAAUGCCAUCACAACAUCAGUAUAAAUAUGAUUAUAAUAACUAUUAUAAUAGAAGUUUAAGAAUUGCCAAAACGGAUGGAAACUUAGAUGAAGUCGUGUUCCCUUUGCUUCCAUUUGAAGACAAUUUUCAAACACAGAAACAAAUGAUAUAUUAAUGUCAGAAACAAUACAGUAAUUGUUAAGAAACCAAAAAAUAUGACUACAAUUUUCUAGUAAAGCAUUAGCAAAAUGAAACAAAACAAUUGAUUUAAACUCUCAAAACAUACUAAAUAAUGUUAAUGCAAAUGUUUGUCUUCCAAAUACAUUAGAAAUACAACAAAUCAUAACUUAUUUGUAAUUUAAUUGUAAACUAUUUUAAAACUAAGAAUACUUAUCAUAAUUUGAGUUAUCGAUUGUCACAGUUAUA